AUGAAUGGUCACAACAGGAAUAAUAGUGGAGGUGAUAGUAAUAAAAUGGAACAGAUAAAAAAUAAAUUUUCAUCUUCAACAAAUAAUAAUAAUAAUAAUAACAAUAAUAACAAUAACAAUAAUAAUAAGAGACUUAGUAGGGGGAGUACAAUUGGUAAUUUUAAUAAUUCAACACAAAAUAAUAAUACUAAUAAUAAUAAUAUGAAUAUGAGUAUGAAUAUGAAUAAUAAUAAUAAUAAUGGAGAAACAAGUGGAUUUAUUGCAGAUAGGGUGAAAUUUUUUCAACAAAAAGAUGUGGAAUGUAAAACACAAUCUCCAAUUGUAAACUCUAGACAUAAUAGACAAAAAAGUAACUGUUCAAAUGAAGGUUUAUCACCUCAAAAAUCAUCUCCAAAAAUUAUACCAAAAGAAAACCCACAGCCACCACCCCCACAAAUACAAAUUCAACAAAAACAACCACAACAACCACAACAACCACAAAAACUACAACCAAAACAACCACCAAGAGUACAAAGAGCAUCAACAUCAAUUAAUUUAAAUAGUAAUAUAUCUGGUAAUGAUAAUAAUAAUAAUAAUAAUAAUAAUAAUAAUUUUAAUAGUGGUGGUAAUAAAAGAAGAUCAAGAGGACUAUUGCCAACUCCACCAAUUUCAAGAUCGACAAGUAUAGAUAGUAAUUUAGGUGACAAUAUAAAACAACAACCACCACCACUAUCGAAUAUCGAAAACAAUGUAAAUAAUAAUAAUAAUAAUAAUAAUAAUAAUAAUAAUAAUAAUAAUAAUAAUAAUAAUAAUAUUCAAAAUAAUGUACAUAAAGAUGAAGUAAUUGUAGAUGAAGAAUAUAAUCAACAACAAAUUAGUUUAGAGAAUUUAACAAUGAAUAAUUUCGAUAAUGAAGGAUUUGAUGUUCAUUCAAAUACAAUUGAUGGUUCUAAUAUUGAAUGUAGUGGUAGUAUUGAAACUAUUAAUAAUGAAGGGUUUGGUGGAUUUGGUGGUGAUAUAAAUUGCAAUGAUUUGGAUAAUAUUGGUAGUGGUGGCAGUGGUGGUAUGUUUGAUCCAUAUUAUAAUAUAAAUCAACAUUCUUAUAAAAAACGUCCAAUGGAUAAAGAUACCGAGACGGUUUUAGAGGCAAUUGAUGUUUUAGAAAGGUAUCAUAAAUCACCUCAAUUAGUUGAUGUAUCAAUGUUAAUGGAAGCUAAUAGUGCAAAUUCCACGGACACUGAUAGUAUUAGCAAUGCAAGUGGUACAAGUACUGGUAGAAAUAGUUUAGAAAAUAGUGUAAUAAACCAAUGGAAACCAUCCUCUAAACCUCCACAAAUACCAAUUUCAUCUUCUGCAUCCUCUUCCUCUUCUUCUCUUUUAUCAACCACAUCAACUCAAUCUGAACCAAUAUCGACAAUAAAUAAAAACCAACGUCAACAAAAAAGAAAAUCAAAUAGUCAAGGUACAUUUUUAUCAAAAUCAACACCUGGAACCACACCUAAUCAAACCACUAAUUCAAGUGAUGAACAAUUACAAAGAAAGGUUUUAGAAGAAUUAUUAGCAACUGAAGAAGAUUAUCUAAGAGAUUUAGAUUUCAUAAUAAAUGAAAUGGUUGAACCAUUAUCAUCAAAAGGAAUAUUGGAUAAACCAAAUAUAAUGAAUAUAUUUUCAAAUAUUGAAAUCAUAAGAAAUGUUAGUAAAACUAUAGUUGAUGAUUUAAAACAAAAUCCAUUAACACUUCAUUAUUGUGUUAUGGUUUUUAAAAAAAUGUCAGCAUUUUUUAAAAUGUAUUCACAAUAUUGUACACAUCAUCAGAAAUCGAUUCAAGUAUGUUCAGAAUUAGUUAAAAGUAAUUCAACAUUUUCAACAUUUAAAAAUGAAAUAUCAAGUAAUAGUAAUGGUAGAGGAUUAUCAAUGUUGGAUUAUUUAAUAAAACCAAUUCAACGUAUUUGUAAAUAUCCACUACUAUUUAAUGAAUUAUUAAAGAGCACCACAAAAGAUGAUGAGGAUUUCUCAACAUUGACAGAGGUUCAUGGUAAACUUGUAGAGGUUGCAGAGUUUGUUAAUCAAUGUCAACAUAUUAAAGAAAAUAAUGAAAGAUUAUUAGAGAUUCAAAAUUGUGUUGAAGGAUCUCCAUUUCCAAUACUUGAAUCAACAAGAAAGAUAUUAAAAGAAUGUUGGGUUAGAAUUAAAGAGGGUAAAAAUGAUAAUGACAAUCAUAAUAGAUAUAUUUUCUUAUUCAAUGAUAAUAUCAUGUUUACAAAGAAUAGUUCAUUCACAAAGAAAUAUCAAUACCAAUAUUCAUUCUCUUUGCCCUAUCAUUCAACCAAGUUAUUACCUUCUGUUAAACCAUUAUCAAUUCUAUUAAAUGGUUUAAACUCUGACAAUAUUUCAAUAUCCAUUGAAGUUAUAUUUCAAGAACAGGCAGAGAAAGAUGAAGUUUCAUUGUUAUUGGCUGAUUUAAUAGAUCAAGGUAAAAAACAAUUGGAAAAAUUAAAAAGUCGUUCAUCAGUUUUAAUUCCAAAAAAUUUAUCUGAAAAUAAUAGUCCAAAUACUUUUAAAUCAAGUAAUAUUAAUAACAAAUCUUCAACAACAUCAUCAUCUUCUUUUCAACAUCAAAGUAGUAGUAGUAGUAUGAGUAAUUUAACAUCACCUCCAUUUAUAUCAAGAUCUCAAACCUCUCAAACUUUAUUACAACAACAACAGCAGCAACAACAACAACAAAGUAAUCCAGCACUAUUAAAAUUAUCAAAAAUUAUGUUAGAAGAGGAUGCCAAAAAAAGAAGAUCAACUUUAAAUCCAAUCGAAAAGAAAAAUUAA